CCGGCUUUACACACACUCUACCAACUUCGAUCCUCAUCUGUUUAUUUUGAGGCAUUGUGCCUCUGUUGGUGGAGUUCAAGUCCACUCACAUCCGAAAACUCACUGCUUGCCACCCGAGCUGCGUUGACUGGACAUCCUGGGUUCUAUCCGCGUCCGAGCUCGAAUACUUAGCUGCAAUCCGAAAUCAUGGACGCGCCUCAGGUCCAAGUCGGAGCGCCCGAGGGCCAUUCAAACGGUAGCAACGCGGAGAAAGAGAACACGCAAAAUACACAGAAUGCGAGCAGCUUUGAUGUGAACGCGAGCGCGGCUUCUAGUGCAGUAAAUGAAGGCCAGGCUGAUUUGUCUCAAGACAUCGUUCUGCCAGACGCGGGCGCAGCUGAUCCAGAACCGAAAUUAGCAGCUCCAAAGAGGAAUCCUGGCCUCCAAUUCCUCGACUACCUGAGAUCACCUAUCGUGGAACUUGUUGUAGGAACAGGAGAGACGAAAACUACCUUAACAGCACACCAGAGCUUGCUUCUGGAGUCUCCCUUUCUAGCAGAAAAGGUCACGACUUUUGGAGAAUCGGACCCUCGUCGCAUCGAGCUUCCCCAGGAGAAUGUGGAGGCUUUUGGCUAUUUCCUCCAAUUCCAGUAUACCCGCGACUACUCGGCCUCCCAAUCUGAAUCCCAUACCGAACAAGAAGCAGUUUUGGGAGAAAUAGACGAUAGUGGGAAACAGCUAUUGAAACAUGCGCGAGUAUACACACUGGCUGAAAGAUUGGGGAUCCCGUCGCUCAAGACCCUGGCACACUCGAAAAUACACCGCAUCAAUAGCACAUCCCAUGGCGAGAUUGCAUAUGCCCGCUAUGUCUAUAUGAACACGCCAGUUGAUGACGUUACCAUCCGGAAGCCAAUAGCGACAUUCUGGGCCUUGAGGAGUCACGUCCUGCGUCAUGAAGCUGAAGAAGAGUUCCGCAAAUUAUGUAUCGAGGUCCCCCAAUUUAGCUUCGAUGUACUCAACCUCGUUCUCGACCAGAAGGAGAAACGUGCCCAGGACAAGGCCGAGUCAGAGUCUGCUGUGAAAGGAAGCGGAAGGAAGCGACUGAGGAGUGGUUUGUAGCAAACGGCGGCUUCUAUCUGAGAUUAUUGACCCCAUAUUGGGUCAGAGCAAACAGAACCAUGCACCUUACCUAUACAGCCGGCACGUGGCUUCAGGCGGACAACUAAAGGGGUGUUUCGUGGUACCACUACGUGGAGACGCGCCCAAAUAUAUCCCGCAGGCCCUCACAGUCUACCGCUAUCGAUCUCCUGACGUCAGUUGCCACUCUCUCGAGCAAUCCUCAGGUCCUUUCUAUUCCCGGUUUGAGGGCUGCCGUACAAACACUGUACUAUACUACCUAGCGCAGAUUUUAGGUUUAGGUUACUACCUAAUCUAGUUUCCUUAGUUCCGUUUAAA